AGGAGAGCAGCUACAGACCAGGUACAACACCCUGACUAAAGAGAGAGACCAGCUACAGACCAGUUACAACACCCUGACUAAAGAGAGAGACCAGCUACAGAAGGAUAUAGAUGAUCUCACGUCAAAGUUCUCUAAUCUGAAACAAAAAUGUCCUGAAGGCUGGCAGAAGUUUGAAUCCAGUUGGUACUUCCUGUCUACAGUGAAAAAACCCUGGAGGGAGAGUAGACAGGACUGUCUGAAGAGAGGAGCAGACAUGGGGAUCAUAAACAGUGAUUUGGAACAGGAGUUUCUCUUCAGCUUCAUUAAGAGAGCCUGGAUUGGUCUGACUGACUCUGUUACUGAGGGGACCUGGAAAUGGGUGGACGGCACCCAACUGACCACCCCAAGUUACUGGCAAUCACAGCAACCUGAUAAUGGUGGUGACAACCCAGCAAAUGGGGAGGAGGACUGUGUUGAGCUGAACACAGAAACCUGGCUUCCUGUAAAGGCAUGGAAUGACCAGUCAUGUUUUAACAAUCGUUACUGGAUUUGCGAGAAAGUGGUUUAACAUCACCAUGACAACAGAGGAGGCUGGUGGGAGGACGCGCACACAUACAGCACCCUACAGUGCACACAACUUCAUUCUCUCUCUCUCUAAGACACAGACACACCAACACACUGCUGGUACUGUACUGAGGGGCAAAACAAUCUGAUAAUAGUUGUGAACCAGGAUAUACUAUAACAAGGACUGUGCUGAUGUUAAUAUUGGGUAUUCUGAGCCUGUAUAUAAAUAUUCUGGCAUAUCAUUUACCUCUCUUCAUAACUGUAUUUGUGAAGAGUUAUACAGUAGCUCAUUAUACAGUAGUGCUGCAGUGCUAAUGCAUCUCUCUCUAGGUAAACAGUGUGUAGACAUACUGCCAUCUGUAAAAUUAUUGUAUUGAUUGUUUAAAUAGAAACAUAUUAUGUGAUUUGCCAUAAUGUGAUUUUUUUCAUCGUCAAUUAUUAGCAUAAACGACUUCAGUAAGAAGAUGAACUUAGGCUCAGAUUAAGUAAGAAAGGAACCUAUCAGGUUUACCUGUCACCUUCAUUUCCUUUGUUUUGUAUUUAUUUAGUUGGUCAGGGCGUGAGUUGGCUGGGCAGUCUAUGUUUGAUUUUCUAUGAU